CUUCGUCAGACACUCACAGAGAAGCUUCAAACAUGGAAGAAAGAAAAGGAAUAGAAGAUGGAAAGAUUAACAAGUAUUCUAUUGCUUCUGCCAUUGUUGCUUCUAUGAUCUCCAUCAUCUUUGGUUAUGAGACGGGUGUUAUGAGCGGAGCGUUGAUCUUCAUCAAAGAAGACCUUAAAAUCACCGAAUUACAAGUCGAAGUCCUUGCCGGCAUCAUCAACUUCUGUGCCUUAAUUGGCGCUUUGACUGCCGGUAGAACGGCCGACUACAUCGGCCGCCGUUACACCAUAACCCUAGCUUCCAUUAUCUUCCUUUCGGGAUCCUUACUAAUGGGCUUUGCACCAAACUUUGCAAUCCUCCUUACAGGCCGUUGUGUGGCCGGAAUCGGAGUAGGGUUUGCCCUUGUGAUCGCUCCGGUUUACUCGGUCGAGAUUUCCGCCGCCAGCACCCGUGGUUUCCUAGCUUCAUUACCUGAAAUUGGAAUUAGUCUCGGCAUUUUAUCCGGUUAUAUCUCAAGCUACAUUUUCGGACAAUUACCCCUGAACGUCGGUUGGAGGGUCAUGUUUGCGGUUGCAGCUAUCCCUUCUCUAGGGUUAGCUUUUGGCAUUCUUGGAAUGCCAGAGUCCCCGAGAUGGCUCGUCAUGCAAGGCCGUCUCAAGGACGCCAGAAACGUCUUGUYAAAAGUGUCAAACACCAAAAUACAAGGUGAAUCCCGGCUGCAAGACAUCAAACUUGCAGCAGGGAUAGAUCCUGGCUGUAAYGACGAUUACGUUACGCUCAGUCAAAACACGCAUGGCCAAGGCGUAUGGAAAGAAUUACUACUGAGACCAACCCCACCGGUCCGAUGGAUGUUACUAGCAGCCCUCGGGAUCCAUUUCUUCGAGCAUGCAACUGGGAUUGAAGCUGUGGUCUUGUAUAGCCCACGGAUCUUCAAAAAAGCUGGUGUUAGAAGCAAGAACAAGCUCUUGUUAGCAACCAUCGGAGUCGGAAUCACGAAGACCGUAUUCAUAUUAGUCUCCACUUUCUUGAUCGAUAAAAGCGGAAGGCGAAAACUUCUAUUAACAAGUGUUGGAGGGAUGAUAGUUGCGCUAUUAGGGUUAGGGUUUGCUUUGACCAUAGUGCACCAGUCUCCUGACCAAAGGGUAGUUUGGGCACUUUUGGUUAGUAUAGCUACAUGUUAUCUGUACGUAAUGUUUUUUUCACUAGGGCUAGCACCAGUMACAUGGGUUUAUAGUUCAGAGAUAUUUCCCUUGAAGCUAAGGGCACAAGGGGCAAGCAUUGGGGUGGCUGUGAACAGGGUUACAAAUGCAACUGUGUCAAUGACAUUUUUGUCCCUGAUCAAUGCCAUCACCAUUGGAGGAGCAUUCUUCAUGUUUGCUGGUAUAUCUGUUUUGGCUUGGAUCUUCUUCUUCUUUUUCUUGCCAGAAACCAAAGGGAAGUCACUUGAAGAGAUGGAACAAGUUUUCACGAGGACCAAGAAAUCAAGAAACGUAGAUAUGGAGUUGCAGACCAAAAACGAUGGUGUUCGAGUGUCAUAAUCCCAGAAGAAGGGUAAAAUCGUAAUUUUCCAUGAUGGUGUUUAUAUGCUUGUCAUUUUCGUCCUUUCUGUAUACUACACUUAAUUAUAAGUGAAAAGAAAAUUAUCAA